GCAAUGUAAGCCUUUUGUUCAUGUCAAGUGAUCAUUGUGGGCUUUAUCAAGGCUUAAUCGAAAACAUGCGUUCAACAUGCUGCUUUGUACUAAAUCCAACUUGGGCAAUGCCGACUACAAUAAGCACAAGAUGAAUAGACAAAAGGUACCCGACGUACACGUUGCGACGGUGUGUAGCGAAGUUUAUCUCCCCGCACCCUCAGGCCUCCUUGCAUAAAGUGCUCGUACCGUUAUUUUUACCCUCCCCCGAUUUUUAUUUUCCUUCUCCGUUGACUGGAUCAUCAUCUUUGCAGUGCGAAAUUCAUCAGUAUACAGCUCAGUAGCGGCCCUUUCCCUCCUUAACAGCAAAAUGCUCACUCACCUCGCCUCGCUUACUCUCAUAUUUAUUAUAUCCUUGACUUUGCUGCCUACUGCUAGGGCUCACGGUUAUGUUGCCCAAGUGACUAUAGAUGGAACUCUAUAUGUGGGUAACGUCCCAAACGCAUCGCCUACACCUUCCAUCGUCCGCCAAAUCAAUAAUGUCGCACCCGUGAAAGGUGCCAACAAUUCGAAUCUCAACUGUGGGCAGGAUGCUCAAAAGGCUGCUCUUGUGGCCUCCGCGAAUCCGGGGAGUAAACUAACGUUUAGUUGGAAGGGAGGAGAUGGCAGUGACUGGCCUCAUAAUAUAGGCCCCAUCAUGACCUAUAUGACGCCUUGCCUCAACACGACGUGUGAUCAAUAUGAUUCAACGAACGCCAUGUGGUUCAAGGUCGACGAGGUGGGGUUGGAAUCAGGCAACUCGACCUGGUAUCAGCAGAACCUCAUGAAUGGCUAUCCAGCAAAUGUCACUAUCCCAGAAACGCUUGAACCUGGAGAAUAUCUCAUCCGCCACGAGAUCAUCGCACUGCACCUUGCCAACGAAAUGGGCGGUGCUGAAUUUUACCCAUCAUGUACCCAAGUUCAAGUCAAGGGAUCGCAGACUGGAGGUCCGCUGGCGAAUGAGACGGUCACGUUCCCUGGUGGCUACAGCGAUACCGCUCCAGGGAUAUAUGAUCCAAAUAUUUUUAAUACCCCUCUAGACAAUUACGUCUUCCCAGGUCCUCCUAUAGCACAAUUCGUCCUAGAUUCCUCCGGUUCUUCCUCAAACUCUUCAUCGUCCUCCUCACCUAGCCCAACAUCUAGUUCUCCGGUACCACUGCCAUCUAGCACAGGCUCUGGCGCUGGUAAUGCAUCGUGCAAGCUGCGCGUUCAAAGUAUGAACGUCCAGCGCCCGCGGAGUGUCAGUCGUAUAAUGCGAGAUUUGUUAUUCUAGUCGCAACCUUGUCAUGCAAGCUAUUGAGCGGUGCUGGGUUCUGCUAUAGUCUUCUAGAUAUCUGUUUUCGACUUUUUUUUGUUCCUUGUAGACCAAUGAACGUGUAUCUUAAAUUAUAGUGUAGCACUAGCAAUCCUCAAUUCAAUCACUUUGUCGAUCAUUUCAUG